AUGGAGGUGGAUGACGAGAUGAACGGAAAUUUUCGCGUUCGAAGGCGAACUCGGUCACAACAGCAGCAGCAUCAACGGCAGAAGGACAUGGAUACCGAUAUGGAUACUUCGCUGUCACGCCCUCCGCCAAAGCCCAAAUCGCCAUCGCCAUCGCCAUCGCCACCACCCCCACUACUCGAGGAUCAGAUGCCCCCGAAAAUGCGCAAAGCGAGGAUUCAGAGGGAGGCGAGGGCUUUGGUUGAAGCUGAGACGGGUCUCGGUAUCAGCGCUGGAGAUGCUAUGGCUGUCGACGAAGACAAGCGUCAGGGUGAUCUCUCUGCCGACCAGAGUGUUCGCGAACUUCCUACAAGAACACUGUCUCAAAUGGAAAUGCCUCCACCGCCUGUACCCAUCAGAGAAGAACCAAAUAACAUCCUCUCGACGCCACCUACACCGCCACGUUCAGAGACAGAAACACAUAAGUCAAGAACCGCUUCGCCUCCAUCACCACCUCCGAUACCUCCUGGUUCAUCUCGUCGUGCGCCUUCCCCUUCACCAGCUACGACAUUUGCGCAAUUGUCUUUGGUAUCACCUGCGACUCACAGCCCAAUCCUUGUUGAACCUUUCACAAUCUCUGCUUCGGCUGGAGUAGAGGACGUUUCAUCGGAAGACCAAGUUUUUUCAUCGGUCGAACCUCCUGCAUCCCCGCAGUCACCCGAACCCACCAGGAACGUUUCCAGAUCACCUGAGGAAGCCAAAGAGCAACCGCACUUGGUCCAGUCGCCGAAGCCCCUCGAGGUCACUCAGCAUGGAGGUGAAUCUAUCUUUCUACCUAAUGCUGGAUGCCGCAUCCUCACCAGCGAACGUCGACCACUCUGGUCGGGCGUUGAUACCCCCCGUUAG